CUGAUGUUAACAGCUGGUUGCGGCUGGUUCGUUUGCUUUGUGUCGUACUCCGCUUAAUUAAAUUAAAAAGACAUUUCAAAGACUUUAGUUGUCUAGCAGCGAGUGCGAUAAAAGUACUGCAUAAUUGAAAGCAUAUAAAACAAUUUAACAAUGGGUGACAGCAAUGUGGAUUUGGGCAAAUGUUUUGAGAUAAUUAACAACUUGGUUACUGAAGCUGGCAGGCUUAUUGCCCGAAACAACGAGACCCGUCAGGAUUUUGUAUGCAAAAGCGGUGAUAUUGACUUGGUAACCCAAACGGACAAGGAUGUGGAAAAGCUAUUGAUGGAUGGCAUACGCCAACAAUUUCCCGAGCAUAAGUUCAUUGGCGAAGAGGAGAGCAGCGGUGACAGUGGAGUUAAUAAAUUGACUGAUGCACCCACCUGGAUCAUUGAUCCUGUCGAUGGUACAAUGAAUUUUGUACAUGCUUUUCCACAUUCCUGUAUUUCGGUGGGCCUGAAGGUGAAUAAGGUCACGGAAAUUGGCAUUGUCUACAAUCCCAUAUUGGAGCAACGUUUCACGGCUCGUCGUGGUCAAGGUGCCUAUUAUAAUGGUCGACGCAUUCAAGUGAGUGGACAAAAGGAGGUGGGCAAGGCUCUGGUCACCAGUGAGUUUGGCACAACACGGGACGAGGCCAAAAUGAAAGUGGUUAAUGAGAACUUCGCCACAAUGGCCAAGCAUGUGCACGGGCUACGUGUCUUGGGUUCAGCUGCUCUCAACAUGUCUAUGGUGGCCUUGGGCGCUGCUGAUGCCAAUUACGAGUUUGGCAUUCAUGCCUGGGAUGUCUGUGCUGGUGAUUUAAUAGUUCGGGAAGCUGGAGGUGUGGUUAUUGAUCCCUCAGGUGGUGAAUUUGAUAUUAUGUCACGACGCGUCCUGGCUGCCUCGUCACCACAAUUGGCCCAGGAGAUAUCAAAGCUUUUGACACAGUUUUAUCCACAACCACGUGAUGAUUGAAUUUACACUUAAUCAUAUAUUCUUUAUUGAUUUAUGAUGCAUUUCAUACCAUAUUAACAUACAAACAAAACAAAUUAUUGUAAAAGAAGGAAGUUGCCUAGUCAUUAAUAUUCCAAAUAAACACAUAGACAAAUCUGUUUGUUCUAUUGAUAAUUCUCUA